GAAAAUACGAAUUUGUGCUUUGGGUAUUGAUGGUGCAGGAAAAUCAACUGCUAUAUGUGCAUUAGCUUCAGGUGAAAUGAAUGAUGUUUCACCUACAAAUGGUUUCUCUCUACAAAAAUUUAAAUUUGGAAAAGCUGAAAUUACUGUAUAUGAUUUGGGUGGUGGUGAACGGAUACGCUCAAUAUGGAAAAAUUAUUACCCUGAGGUAUUUGGUGUAAUUUAUGUUAUUGAUGGAAGUGAACGAGAACGUAUCGACGAGAGUGGCCAAUUGUUGAAGACUGUAAUUAGUGAUAAGGAUUUGAAUAAUAAGCCAAUUUUGGUGAUUUUAAAUAAGAAAGAUCGAGAAAGAUGUAUCGAUGAAAUUCAGCUUACCGACCGAUUCGAUCUUCAUAAUUUAGCAAAUCGAUAUCAGACACAUAUUCGAGUGGAAAUUUGUCAAGCAAAUAUGGGCAGUGGAAAAAUGAUCGAUGAAGCGCUUAAAGAUGGCUUCGAAUGGUUAUUAGAAGAAAUUUACCGCAAUUACGAUGAAUUACGAAAACGAACAGAUGAAGCAUUGGAAAAGUUUAAACGUCGACAAAAUGAGGAACGAAUAAGGCGAAAACAUCAUCUUGCUGCUACAAUUAGCAGUUCAACUACUUCCGAGGAGCAAAUGAGUGAUGUAGGUACAACGAUGCCAACAACGAUAUCAGCAGUAAAGUAUGAUAAGAAAGAACGAACAGAUCGAAAUGAAAUUAUCAAUCAUUCGACGUCUCAAAAAUCCAAUACCAAUCAAAUAAACAAUUUGAAAGUUGAAAAUGAAGGAAAUGAACGGAAAAGGCAUCUACGAAAUACAGUUGGUCCAACGAAUGAUUUAUCACCUUCAUCUGUUGACUCAGCAAAGAUGAAAUAUCCGCAUAUAUUUGAGGUGAAGACAUCACUGCCAUCACUGAAAGUUACGCAAAAAACAACGAGCACACAAACGAAUAGACUAUUCGAUAUGAAUGGAGACUUACAAUCGACAUCAAAACCUGGCCGUAUUACUCAACUUGUGCCACUAACAGUUGUACCAAAGGAACGACCAAAACGUCCCAUUCGAUCACUUCAUAGGAGGAGGACUGACUCAAUCUAA